UUUGCAUUCCCUUUCAUCCUUCAAUUCGGUGAAAUUUGUUGGCAAGCAGUAAAGUGAAAAGAGAAAAACGUGCAGAAAAAAUGGAAAACGAUAUGUUCACGAAUAUUAAGAAAAUGUACGAUCACAAGUUGUACGACUGCGUCAUCCCAGCGGCUGGCCUGCUGCUGACGCUUAUGCACAACGAUCGCAAUUUGGCCACACAGGAGGUGGAAUACCAGGUGCAGCACUAUCUGGCCGGGGCACAGUUCGAGGAGCGCCAAUUCCGUGCCGCUCUACGCACGCUCCAGGAGCUAAUCCAACAGCGCAGCCAAAUGGUGCGCAAGCGAAAUGGCCUGACGGCCAUUGAAAGCGUCUAUGCGGAGUUCGGGGACGUGGAGAUGCGACGCCGCCUGGCGGAAUGCUAUAAACAGUUGGGGAAUACACAGAUGGCCAUUCGUGUGCUGCUCCAGGUGCCCGUAAAGUCAAGGACGCCGAGGAUUAACUUGAUGCUGGCCCGGCUGCAGCAUUAUGGCGAUGCAAACAGCAGCGGCCGGAACAAGGCCGAGGCAUUGUAUGCCUACAAGGAGGUGAUACGCGAGUGUCCCAUGGCGCUGCCGCUGAUCCAGGAGAUGCUCGAGAUGGGCUGCGAGGGCAGUGAGGUCAAUUCGCUGGUUAUGAACGCCGCCACAUUGCCCCCCGACAUUGACUGGUUGAGCAUAUACGUAAAGGCCCUGGCCCAAAUGUUCAACUGUCGCCAUUUGGAUGCGGCAAGAACCUUUGAGCAGCUCACCGCCGACUCCUGCCUGCGGUGCAGCGAACACUUGCUGCUGGCCACUGGCAAGUGUUACUAUUAUCACGGUCAGCUAUUUCAAGCGGAGCAGUGCCUGUCUGCCGCCCUACGCUCCAAUCCCUAUAAUCUGGAGGUCAUGGGUGUGCUAAGCGUGGUGAUGGAGCUGGGUGAAUAUCCCAUGGCAGAGCGGGAUCAACUCUACGCUAAGUUGGACUACGAACUCGAGUCAGUGUCUGAGCAUCCGCACCUGAUCACCGCCCAUCAGUUAUUCCUUCGCGCCCAUUUCAUGUUCGUUGAACGUAAGUUCGAGCGUGGUCUGGGCUUGUUGAGGCGUUGCCUCCAGCUGGAGCCGCGACAUCCGGAGGCACUGCUGCUACGAGCCCGUCUCUACACGGAUAUGGAACGGUAUACGGAGGCGGCGGGUGCAUAUCGCGAUGCCCAGAUCCAUUUGCCGUAUCGUUUUGAAGUCUUCAAGGGUCUCUUCAACUGUUAUUUGGCCCAGAAGAGAUAUGCGGAGGCGCAGGCCAUGUGUACGCUGACCCUGCGCCGCUUUCAAGCCUCAGCCCGAUGCUAUAUAUUGUUUGGACGGACAUUGUUCUCCUCUGGAAAUCCGAGUGUAAAGAAGACAGCCCGUAAGUUUGCCCAGAGGGCAUUGCAAAUUGAUGCCAAUUAUAUGCCGGCGGUGGCCCUGAUGGCCGAUAUCUAUGAGCUGGAGGGCAAUACGGGGGAGUGUCUGAAGCUGUUGGAACAGCACACGACCUACCAUCCGCAUGCGGACUUUUUUGUCCAAAUGGGCAAUAUGCAGCGAAUGGAGAAGCAGCCGAUCAAGGCACUGGAAUACUACUACAAGGCAUUGGGCAUGAAUCCAAAAAGCUUGGGCGCUCUGCAAGGUAUUAAUAGCUUGAAGGGCUCCUCCUUGGACAUUGAACUGAUUGCGGGUAUCAAACGCUCCACGGAGGAUAAGCAACCGAUUGUCAAACCGGAAUUUCUCGGCACCGGUUGCAUUGAUUCCUCAUCUUCCUUGCCAAAUGCUGGGGAGGCUGUAUCCUCCUGCUCAAACUCACCGCGUUCGGGACGGGAGAACGAGGAUGUAUCGGAACUUGAUACCACUUCGGAGCAAAUGUGGCAGGAUGUGGAUGUGGAAAUGGUAAAUCUGAAUACCUCCUUCUGAUUUAAUGUAUUUAUAUACUCCAAGUAUUAUUAUUAUUAUUAUAUUUUUUUCUUUUGUCAAUGCAUUUUCCAACACAAGCUUUUUUCUGAUUAAUUUUUUUUUUAAUACCAUUUUAAUAGGCCUACGUUUUUGUGAAAGUUUAGAAUUACGAAGAAAGUAGUCGCAUUUUAAAUUUAAUUAAAAUU